GUUAAGGCAAUCGGAGUGUACAUAGCGGUUCCGUCGUAUCGCAGCUAGAAGCAAUUAAUAAUAAUAAAUUGGAAAAACUGUAAUAUGAUAAGCGUAUGCAUAAUUGGGGCCGGAACAGCAGGUAUUUGCUGUGCCCGACACUCCAUUGAGAACGGCUUCCAGACGACUGUAUUCGAACUAUCUGACCGAAUUGGAGGAACCUGGGUGUACAAUGAGGCAACAGGUGUUGUCAAUGGCAUCGAUGUUCACAGCAGCAUGUACAAAAAUUUACGCACUAAUCUUCCAAAGGAAGUCAUGGGCUUUCCGGACUUUGAAAUCGGACAGAAUGCGGUUUCCUAUGUGAGAUCCGACGAAAUCUGUGAUUUCCUCAACAAUUACGCCGACCAUUUUGAACUGAAAAAGCAUAUAAAGUUUAACACCUAUGUUAUUCGAGUUGUGCAAAGGAAUUCAAAGUGGCAAGUCCUUUUCAAAAAUGUAGUUACAAACAAAGUGGACAUCCUUUACUUCGAUAAGGUUAUGGUGGCAAACGGACAUUACCACACCCCAAACUAUGGUAAAAUACCCAAUUUGAAUCGCUUUAAGGGCGAUUACUUGCACAGCCACGAUUUCAGAAGUAGGGAAGUUUUCGAAGGUAAAACGGUUCUUGUUAUUGGAGCUGGACCAAGUGGCAUGGACCUAUCUAAUAUUAUCUCCCGAUCGGCGAAACGUGUAACUAUAAGUCACCACUUGACUGAUAUUGGGAAAAACAUUUUCUUUGACAAUGUGCAACAGAAACCCGACGUUCGAGAGCUCGAUGAAAAGGGGGCCUAUUUUGUGGACGGAUCCUACGAGCAGUUCGACACCAUUUUCUUUUGCACAGGAUAUAAGUAUGCCUUCCCUUUCCUGACAGUGAAUUCUGGGAUCUAUGUGGAGGACAACUUUGUCCAGGAGUUGUACAAGCAGUGCAUCAACAUAAGAAACCCAUCGAUGGCCUUGAUUGGAUUGCCGUUCUACGUUUGUGCCGCACAAAUGAUGGACCUUCAGGCUCGGUUCAUCAUGAGCUACUACAAUGGAUCCAAUAAGCUUCCAUCCACAGAGGAGAUGCUGAAGGACACCCAGGAAAAAAUGGACAAGCUUUGGGAAGAGGGCUACAGGAAACGACAUGCUCAUAUGCUGGGCCCCAAACAAAUUUACUAUUUCUCGGACUUGGCGGAAACUGCUGGCGUAAAAAACAUCAAGGCUGUUAUGACGAAGUUACACAACGAAAGCAGCAAGUGUUUCAAUGAGAACUUACUCCAUUUUCGGGAGGACAAUUUUGAAAUUUUGGACGAUGAAACGUUUGUCAAAAUAAAUUAGAGUUAUUUUAAAAAAUUUAUAUAGCAAAUAAUGGACUAAAGCUUGUAUAAACUUCAUACAUUAUUAACAUAUUCUACAACAAUAAAAUAUCAAAAACUCGA